AUGUCGUUCGGCUCAGGAGGAUUCGGUAGCAGCAACACAGGUGGAGCCUUUGGCGGGUUUGGGGCGUCGAACACUGGCUUUGGCGCAAAUAACAACAACAACGCUGCGCCGACAACAUCGCUGUUCGGCAGUACGAAUAACACGACCAGCGGUUUUGGCGCCACAAACAACACGACAGGUGGUUUCGGGUUUGGCGCAAAGCCCGCCACGACAGGUGGAUUUGGUACGCCAGCAGCGACAACGAGCGCGCCGAGUCUGUUUGGAGGAGGUAAUACCAGCACGACUGGAGGCUUUGGAGCCGGUACUGGGUUUGGCGCAACCAAUACUGCAAGCACAGGAUUUGGCGGCAACAACACGAACACAGGAGGUCUGUUCGGACAGAACAAGCCUGCGACCACUGGGUUCGGCGGUGCUACCACUGGUGGAAGCCUCUUCGGCGGUAGUGGCACUACUGGAGGGUUCGGCGCAAACAACACGACCCAGAACAAUGCCUUCGGAAACACAUCGAACAGUGGCGGCUUUGGUUCGACCAACACCACGAACACCGGAGGUUUCGGCGGUGGAUUUGGCGCUUCCACCACGGCAACGAACAACCAAGGUUCUGCUGCAGUCCCGUUCCAGGCUUUCACCGAGAAAGAUGCUGCCAGCAACCAGACGUCGCACUAUCAGUCCAUCACCAUGAUGCAGCCAUACCAGGGUAAGAGCUUCGAAGAAUUAAGAGUUGAGGACUACGCACAAGGCCGUCGGUUCGGUGAUAAUCAGAAUGGGCAGGCAGGGACCUUUGGUCAGUCAAGUGGCUUCGGAGGCAACGCGUUUGGAGCCAGCAACAACACUGCUACUUCGACGGGUGGUGGCUUGUUCGGCAACAAUAACAACACCACUGCGACUACCGGCAGCACAGGGUUCGGUGGAUUUGGCGCAACAAACAACAAUGCGCCAGCAGCUGGAGGCUUUGGGUCAACGAACACGAACACUGGAGGUGGUCUCUUUGGAGCGGCCCAGAACAAGCCUGCUACAGGUCUGUUCGGCAGCACCACAAACACUGCAACAACAGGCGGCUUCGGUAGCAACACCAACAACACCGGCGGUGGCCUGUUCGGUGGCAGCGGAGGCUUUGGCGCGAACAAUAAUAACAACCAGCAGCAGCAGCAGGCUGGUGGCCUGUUCGGCGCAAACCAGCAGCAGAACAAGCCAACUCUGGGUGGGUUCGGAGCCAGCACGACCAAUACAGGGUUCGGUGCCACGAACACCAACACCAACACGGGCGGCGGGCUGUUCGGUUCAAGUACGAACACAACCGGAAACACUGGUACAGGUCUCUUUGGAGCACAGAACAACCAGCCUCAGCAGCAGACUGGCGGUCUCUUCGGAGCCAGCCAAAACACUGGUGGCAAUUCCCUGUUUGGCAACACGCAGAAUAAGCCCGCUGGAACGAGCCUCUUCGGCGGGAACAACACCUCGACCAACACUGGCGGUGGGCUGUUUGGCGCUGCGAACAACCAGCAGCAACAACAGAACACCGGCUUUGGCGCGAACACUGGAGGUGGUUUGUUUGGGAACAAUAAUACAAAUCAGAACAAGCCAGGAGGCCUCUUUGGUUCGUCUACAACAACCACGAACACCGGCGGUGGGCUUUUUGGAUCGAACAACAGCCAACAACCGCAACAGCAGCAGCAGCAGGGCGGCCUGUUCGGGAACAACAACAAUGCUGGAAGCUCGCUUUUCGGGAACACCCAGAACAAGCCCGCUGGAGCCAGCAUGUUUGGCAACAUGAACAACACGAACGCUGGCGCGUCUCUUUUCGGCAACAACCAGAACAACCAGCAAAACCAGCAGUCCACUGGUAUCGGUCUGUUCGGAAGUAUGAAUCAGAAUAACCAAAACCAGCAGCAGAACAACAACUCGCUCUUUGGUAAUAGUUUCGGCUCGAGCCAAACACCACAACAGAACCAGCUGCACGCUAGUCUUACCAUGUCGCCGUAUGGUAACGACCAGCUAUUCAGUUCGCUUGGUCAGAGUUCGACACCAGUUGGCCCGUUGGCGACUCCCCUCAACGGCGCCAGAGCUGUGCAGAACAAGACUCCAAGCCUGUUGUCCAGUACUCGGCUGAACUCGCCAAUCUACACACCCAGAGCAAGCACGAUAGGUCGAAAUGGCGGGUAUGGCCUCAGCUACUCCAACUACGGCACGCCAGGCUCUGCUUACUCUGUAAGCCUGACUCCGCAGCAGAGCAGCCUCCUGAAGCCAUCCGGUAGCCUCGGUAGCGCUCUCACAAGCAGACUUGCUAAGAGCAUGAGCAUGAACAACCUUCGCGGUGGCGACAGCACGCCUCGUGAUGGGGAGAGCCUACUACGCCCAACACCCGGCAGUGCAUCGCAGAAGUACCUACAGUCUGGGAACAUGCGAAAGCUUGUUAUUGACAGGUCUCUCCGUGCCGAUCUGUUCGCGCCGCCAGAGCAACGACAAGUCGAGUCAGCUCGCCGCGAAAGUGACAUUCCCUCGCUGAGGAAGAAAGUCAGCUUUGAUAACACUGCUGGUCAGUCCGACGCCACGCCCACAUUGAACAAUGCGCUAGUGAGGACGGAGGAUUCGGAUGAAAUGGACAGCCCGCCAAGUCUGUUCCGAGCAGCACUAAAGCAGCAGAACGGCGCUCCAGAGAUGCAGCAGGUCAGCAAUGGCGCGUCUCUUACCACUGUCCCAGAGGACGCGGAACCACAACGACCGAUCUCUGCGCCCGCUACACAGAAGCCAGCCGAGAAAGAUUCCGGCAAGAACGUCGACAUGGGCGAGUACUGGAGCAAGCCAUCCAUUAAGGACUUGAAGAACAUGUCUCGUGCUCAGCUCUCCAAGAUUGGCAAGUUCGUCGUGGGUCGUGAUGGCGUUGGCAGAAUCGAGUUUGGUCCCUGCGAUCUUACAAACACCAGCCUAGACGACAUCUUUGGCAAGAUUUGCAACUUCAGACCUCGCCAAGUCACAGUCUACCCAGAGAACGCAAGCAAGCCUCCGAUGGGCAAAGGCUUGAACGUGCCUAGCACGAUCUACCUCGAGAACUCAUGGCCUCGGAGUCACGGCGGCAGGAAGGCAGUGGAGGCAAGGACUGGACCAGCCUACGAGAAGCAUCUCAAGCGUCUCCGAGGCACUAAGGGUACAGAAUUCGUCAACUACGAUGCGGGCACUGGCGUGUGGACGUUCAAGGUUCAGCACUUCACGACAUACGGCUUCGACGAGGACAGCGAUGAGCUUACUGAAGACACUGAGAUGGAACAAGAGGACCUCCCACAGGACACGAGCGGCCUGAGUGAACCCCCCGAGGAUGACACGAUGCAGAGCGUCGAGACUGGCACUGGCGAGCUUGACGAUACUUUCGACUUCCAGAAGAACAAAAAGCGAUCUCAGUCUAGUUGGCUCGGUCAGUCCGCUGGUCAGUUCGUGCCAGGUGGCUUUGGCGAGUCACAACUCGGUCAAUCACUGGGUUUCGAUGACACCCAGCACAUCCCCAACGACUAUGAUGGUGAACGCGAGGAAGACGAUGUCCAGGACCACACCAUGUCCGGCGGACUUGGUGGUGACGAAGAGGAUCCUUUCAUAUCGGCUGGUGGCGCAGUGCAGGCUCCAUCGCCAGGUGCCUAUGACCGCCAUCAUUCCAGUAUGGCGCUUGACGACAAUGCUGGCGCUGUUGACUUUGCUGAGGAUAUGCAGGACGAACCUUCCCCCAAACUCCCUGGCUCUUUCAUGCCUGAAGAGCCGAAGUACCUGCGAUCCAUCUUGAAGCCCGCCGCUGCUCGCUCGACUUUCCCUUCGCCAGAGAAGCUGGCCACCGAUGCAUGGGAAGAUCAACUGCAGCGUACCAUGAGCCGCCGAAAGCGGGAUCGUCAGGCGUUACGAGAGCUGCAACAGAGCACGUCACGUGCAGCUGACCCUGCGCUUGACCGCAGCUUGUUCGGCCAGAGCAAACUCGGCCAAAGUGCGCUUGGUCAGAGCUAUCUUGCUCAAAAGAGCGCCAAGAAGGUCGGAUUCGGUGCCAGCACGUUUGCAAACGAGAGCAAUGAGCUCGGCCGAAGCCAAACGCUGAACAGCCACAUGGACCUCAUGAAUUCGUUGUGGGAACAGCAAAAGCCUACAAAGAAAGCUCCUGCCAUGACCAAAGGCUUUGAGAACCCAUACCCCAAGCGACCUCGUCUGUCCGCGCCCGACGUCUUGAGCGACAAGGAUGGCCUCGGAUCUCAUGACUCUGUGAAGCCAUCCUUCUCGAACAACGGACUUAUCGCCUACUCCACCACCCCAUCAGCACCGAAGCCGACUGAGCCGCUUAAUACCGCCCUGCGACCGCUCAUUGGCGAGCAUCGAGAAGUCCGUUUUGCCAAGUGGGCUGAACCACAGGAUCUCAACCCCACAUGGUUCGGUGUUCAGAAGGAGGCAACAACCUUGGAGCAGAGUAGCAGAAUUCCCCAAGCGAGGACUGAUCCUUAUACCGCAUUCCUCCAGCUAGCCAGCGACGAAGCUGCCGCUAACGAGAAAGCGAUCUGGACCUUGGCACACAUCCUAUUCGACUCGAUCGACACGUUUCCGCAGGAGCUCAAGGCUGGCAUGACUGCUGAGCAGAUCACGCAGUAUGAGGGUCGCCUUCAGAAGGAGGCUCUUGGUGCGUUCUGGUCGGAGCAUCUCGCCAACACUGUCGAACAGCAGCUUGGUCUCGCUCAAACAUCCGAGGAGAAGGCCUUAUUGCAUCUUACCGUGAACAACGUCGACCGUGCCUGUGAAGUUCUGGCGGCCGCCAAAGACUUCAAGCUUGCUACUUUGAUUGCACAAUUACCAGGAAACAAGCAGAGCCAUGCGGUUAUGGAUGCACAGAUCGAGACGUGGCUGACCCGGAAAGACUGGACUGAGAUGCCCGAGCCUGUGCGUGCGCUGUACUCUAUCGUGGCAGGACAGGUUUGCAGCGUUGUCGGCACUGAUCCCAAGGCCGCUCCCGAGGAUCGUGUCGGCGCCUUUUGCAUAUCCGAGCGAUUCAGCCUCUCUUGGAUGCAGAGCUUCGCAUUAAGACUCUACUUCGGUGGACAUGACACUAUCGCGGAGGCUGUUGAGGGGUACACCAAAGACCUCGAAAGUGGUGCCGAGAAGGUGCCAGCGACUCCUUCAGGGCAACAAGCCGAUGCAUCAGCAAAGCGAGAAGAUACCCUACUGGGCCUCUUGCGGUUGGCGGUGUCUGAGGUUGACCUGGAGCUGCUCUUCGAUGCUCAAACCGUCUCCGGCAGCGCGUUCAACUCCCGUGUAGCAUGGCAGCUUGCUAUGUACUUCGACGCGAAGGGCAUCGCAACGUCGUUCCCAUCAGAAAAGCUCGAUCAGCUGACCCUCAACUUUGCCACGGAGCUGGAAGUUGCGGAUGCAUUCUACAUCACCGCAGUCUGGGUCCUUCUCCAUAUCCGCGAUGAGUCCGUUCGCGAGAAAGCGAUCAAAGCGAUCAUCGACCGCAAUGCCGCCAGAAUCCCAGCACCCGACCAGGAAGACGACGGCAGGAGCCGUUUCGCCCGGUUUACGAACGAGUUCAUGAUCCCUGCCGCCAUCAUCUGGCAAGCGAAAGCACAGCACGCCCGCGCUGUCCUCCAAGAUGCGAACCUUCAGACUGUGUACCUGAUUAACGCCGGCGCAAACGAAGAAGCACACGCAGUCCUCUCCAACACCCUCGGCCCCACAGCCAUCAUUGAGGAAGACUAUGAUUCCCUCCGCCAAAUCCUCACCCUCUUCCAGCACUCCAAACCCUACGGCUGGGAGAAGAGCGGACAGAUCUUUGAAGACUUCGUCACGCUUCUGCACAUGCCAACCAAGGCGAAGCAUUCGAAGGAGGGACGAGGAGUCAUGGAGAGGUUGAGUGCUGGCUUGGCGAUCAUGAGAGAGGGAGAACGUGAUAUGAGUCUGGAGCAGAGAGUGGCGAUUGUGGAGAUGAUGAGAGUGCUGGGUGAAGAGGUUAGAGAGUUUGAGAGUGGUGGCUUGGGACGUAUCAGGGUUAAGGGCGAGGAGAUGGAGGUUGACGAGGAGGGAAGGGGGAUUGGGGUGUUUGAGAGGUAUCAAGGCGCUAUGGGGGUUGUUGCGUAA